AUGAGUCGCCUAAUUAACGCAUCAGCCUCAACUUUGAGAUUGAUGGGAAAAUCCACUUGUUCAAAAGUGUUGACAAGCAGCCCUACCUUGAGCAAUUAUACUUCAAAAAGAUCGUUGGCCACAGCUGAACCUGUCGCUGAUGGUAGUGAUUUGGUAUCCAUCACUUUACCAGAGUCGUCUUUUGAAGGUUACGAUUUGGAAGUACCAUCAUUGGAAUUCGAAACCGAAAAGGAAACAUUGUUGCAAAUGUACAAGGAUAUGAUUGUUAUCAGAAGAAUGGAGAUGGCAGCUGAUGCUUUGUACAAGGCAAAAAAGAUUAGGGGAUUCUGUCAUUUGUCCGUUGGUCAGGAAGCUGUUGCCGUUGGUAUUGAAAACGCCAUUAACCACCAAGAUACAGUCAUUACCUCUUAUAGAUGUCACGGUUUCGCACAUAUUAGAGGUGCUUCUGUUAAAUCUAUCUUGGCUGAAUUGAUGGGAAGAAGAUCAGGUAUCUCUUAUGGUAAAGGUGGAUCUAUGCAUAUGUUUACCAAGGGUUUUUACGGUGGUAAUGGUAUUGUUGGUGCUCAAGUUCCUUUGGGGGCUGGUUUAGCUUUUGCUCAAAAGUAUAGAGGAGAAAGAUCAGUUUGUUUUGAUCUUUAUGGUGAUGGUGCAUCUAACCAAGGCCAAGUAUUUGAAGCAUUCAACAUGGCUAAGUUGUGGAACUUGCCAGUUAUCUUUGUUUGUGAAAACAAUAAAUAUGGUAUGGGUACUGCUGCUGCCAGAAGUUCUGCCAUGACCGAAUACUACAAGAGAGGUCAAUAUAUUCCUGGAUUGAAAAUCAAUGGUAUGGAUGUUUUGGCUUCUUAUCAAGGUGCCAAGUUUGCCAAAGACUGGGCAUCUCAAGGUAAUGGACCAUUAGUUUUGGAAUACGAAACUUAUAGAUACGGUGGCCAUUCAAUGUCCGAUCCAGGUACUACUUAUAGAACCAGAGAAGAAGUUCAACAUAUGAGAUCACGUAAUGAUCCAAUUGCUGGAUUGAAAGCUGUUUUAUUGGACAAGAACAUUGCCACUGAGGAUGAAGUUAAGGCAUACGAUAAAGCUGCUAGAAAAUACGUUGAUGAACAAGUCGCAGCUGCUGAGGCUGACGCUCCACCUGAAGCUAGAAUGGACAUCUUAUUCGAAGAUGUUUACGUCAAGGGUUCUGAAGUUCCAGUAUUAAGAGGAAGAAUCUCAGAUGAUUCAUGGGAUUUCAAGAAGAAUGACUUUUUGAAUAAGGUAUAUUAA